AGAUGGAAAGCAGAAUCACUAUGACCUUGUCAUUGUUGGAGGUGGGAUUGUUGGCAUGGCAACAGCUCAAGAACUGAUCACUAGGCACCCAAAUCUGAAAAUAGCUGUUCUGGAGAAGGAACCAACACUUGCUGUCCAUCAAAGUGGACACAACAGUGGAGUGAUCCACGCAGGGAUCUACUAUGUGCCAGGUUCAUUGAGGGCUAAACUUUGUGUCAAGGGGCUGGAGAUGACUUACAACUACUGUGAUAAGCACAAUAUACCAUACAAGAAGUGUGGCAAGCUUAUUGUGGCCACAAGCCCGGAAGAGGUGCCCAGACUUGAAGUGCUAAUGGAUCGAGGUCUGAAGAAUGGGGUUAAAGAUUUGAGGAUGGUAGGACCAGACGUGAUCAAGGAAAUAGAACCAAAUUGUGUGGGUCUAAAGGCCAUCCACUCUCCUCAUACUGGCAUUAUUGACUGGGGUCUGGUCACCAAAUAUUAUGGCAAAGAAUUUGAGAAACGGGGAGGAACAAUUUAUACAAAUUUCAAUGUGACCAAAUUUAGUGUGAACACAGAGAGUCCGGAGGGUAGCACAUCCGGCCUCAAUCAUGAAGUCAAAAUCCAUGGAGAAGAUGAACAGAAUCAAGUGGUCGACUGCCGCUAUGUGGUAACCUGUGGUGGGCUGCAGUCAGACCGGCUGGCAGAAAAGUCUGGUUGUAACAGAGAGCCUAGGAUUGUUCCUUUCAGAGGGGAAUACUUGUUGCUGAAGCAGGAGAAGAGCAAUCUAGUUAAUGGAAAUAUUUAUCCAGUACCAGAUCCCAGAUUUCCAUUCCUUGGUGUGCAUUUUACCCCUCGAAUGGAUGGCAGUGUUUGGCUGGGACCCAAUGCUGUGCUGGCAUUCAAACGGGAAGGUUAUGGUUACACUCAGGUCAGCUUGUCUGACCUGUAUGAUGCUCUCAGCUUCAGAGGGUUGCGCAAGCUGGCAUAUAAGAACUUGGGCUACGGUAUUAUGGAAAUGUAUAAAGGGAUUUACAUUCGAGCUCAAGUGAAGCAGCUUCAGAAAUUUGUGCCUUCACUCCAGUUUAGUGACGUUACCAGGGGUCCAUCAGGAGUUCGAGCACAAGCUUUGGAUCGAGAUGGCAAUCUUGUGGAUGAUUUUAUCUUUGACAGUGGCACAGGUGAGCUAGGGAAGCGAUUGCUGCACGUCCGCAAUGCUCCUUCCCCAGGUGCCACUUCCUCACUUGCCAUCGGAGAAAUGAUUUCAGACCGAGUGGAGAAACAGUUUGACUUAUAG